UUUAUGCUCUGAAAUAGUCAAUACAUAACUGUCAUUGUUGGAUGAGACACAGUAUCGUGAAGGGUCUGCUGAAAUGGUUGUAUCAUCAGAGACUACUAGACCUGUAGGCUUGGCAGUAGAUAACUAUAAUGGGUUUUUUGUUGUUUUGUCUUUUUUUUUCCUGCUUAGCAUCACAGGCCCUUCCUCUUCUCUGGGAAAUGGAAAGCAUUUGUGAGUCUAUGGAUUGAAGUCCAAAAAGCCUGAUACUUUUCCUUAUUUCUGGCAGUCCUCAAGCAUAUGAUCUAAGUUGGGUCAAUUGAAUAUCUUUGCCCCUAGCUGUGAAUAAGGAAUAGUGUUACAAGGAAGGAAGAAGAGUUCAGAAUUAGUCCCCGUGGCCUCCAUUGCCCCAUCGGGUCAGAGUCCGAGUGUCCAGCAGCAAUGGCCGCUAACCACACUGUUUCUUUGGCCAUGGGUACGGCUGUGUGCUUUCUCUAGGUUGCCAAGCUGUCUGGUCACCACCCAGGAAGUUGUUUUUCUACCUAAGGACACCACAGACACUUUCAGUUUUUGCCUAACUGAUUUGAUCACUAUUUAGAGUUGUGGGAAAACUUAUUAGCCUAAGGUUGCUGCAAGGCCAGUUUAUGGGCUCUGCAGUUUCCUAAGUGAUGAUAAAGAGCCUCCAGGACUAAGCUCCAGGAGAAAAGAGUCAUCUGGCUUGAUUACUGUGGUGUACCCUGCUCCUAGCCCAGGCCUCCAGCACAUGCGUUUAGUAAAUUUUUAUUUGAUUUUGACCUGAAUGAAUAAAAUAACAGUACUCAACUUUGGGCCUCCUCAACAUCUAUUUAAAUUUUUGGAUCCUGUCUGCUUUUAGCAUACAAGGGAACAGAACUCAAAGACAAUGGCACUAAGGUGUUAAAUUCAGGUAGGUAGGAGGCUGUUUUUCCAGUGGCAGAAAUGAGGAAGUGGGGGAAAGAGCUUAGGUUUCGAUGGUGAUAAAUUGAACCUGUUAAAUGCUGUGCCUUUUACGUUUCGUAACUGGGUUAAACCGGUUGUGUCACUCCUUAGACAGCUCUGUACUUGUUUGAAUAGUACAAUAGUCCCUCCUACUGAACUUUGAUCCAGCAGAAACAACUGUUACCUAACUUCAGACCAUCAGUGGAACACCUGUACUAAGAAUGUUCGGUUUAACUAGUUUUGUGUACGUGAUUUCUUUUAAACUUUUAAAAUGAUUAGAAAACUUUUUAUUGUCCUGCUUUUGUCAUCCGUGACUCUUGGAGAAGCCAGGAAACCCUUUCUCAGUUUGCUGAACAUAGAAAAGACUGAAGUACUGUUUUUCACAAAGGUGGAAGAAACCGUUGUUGUAAGGUCAAGUUACAGAGAUAAACAGCCAAACUCCAGCUACCUCCUCGUGCAACUGGAAGAUGAUAAAAUGCUCCAAGUGGUGAAUGUGACCAAGACCUUGUCGGACGUGACCAGCUUUACCAUAAAUCUGGUGACAGAUGGAGACGGAGAGACAAAUCUGACUGUUCAGCUGUGGGAUUUGGAAGGUAGGCGCAAAAGCCUCAUUGAAGAGAUAAAGAAUGUCCGAGUCAGAGUGCUCAAACAGAGACAAGACAGUCCUUUCCCGGCAUCAAACCUCAUUGACAGAAACAUCCUAAUGCUUUUUCUGCCAAUGAUACUGUUAAAUAAAUGUGCGUUUGGUUGCAAGAUUGAGUUCCAGGUGUUUGAAACAGUGUGGAAGAGACCUUUGCCGGUAGUUCUUGGGGCGGUUAUACAGUUUUUUCUUAUGCCAUUUUGCGGAUUCCUUCUGACACAGAUUUUGGCCUUGCCUGAGGCACAGGCUUUUGGAUUUAUAGUCACUUGCACGUGCCCAGGUGGUGGUGGGGGCUACCUCUUUGCUCUGCUUCUAGAAGGAGAUGUCACUUUGGCCAUCCUCAUGACUUGCACAUCAACGUUUCUGGCCCUGGUAACGAUGCCUACCAAUUCGUACAUAUACAGUAGAAUCUUAGGGUUAUCAGGUACACUGCGUAUUCCUAUUUCUAGAAUUAUGUCAACCCUCCUCUUCAUCCUCGCACCAAUGUCAGUGGGAAUAGCCAUCAAGCGUAGACUGCCUAACAAAGCCAACUUCUUGGAGAGGAUCAUCAGACCUCUGAGUUUUAUUUUAAUGUUUAUAGGGAUUUAUUUGACUUUCAGCAUGGGAUCGGUGUUUCUGAAAACAGUGAACCUCGAGGUUCUUCUGUUGGGUGUCUUAGUUCCUGCUUUGGGUUUGUUGUUCGGGUACUUUUUCGCUAAAAUUUCUAUGCUGCCUCUUCCUGUUUGUAAAACUGUCGCUAUUGAAGGUGGGGUCCUGAAUAGUUUCUUAGCACUUGCCAUCAUUCAGCUCUCCUUUCCCCAGUCUGAUGCAGACUCAGCUUCUGUGGCUCCGUUUACUGUGGCCAUGUGCUCUGGAUGUGAAAUGUUACUGAUCCUUCUGUUCUACAAGGCUAAGAAAAGAUGCAUCCUUAACAUCGAAGAAAAAAGAAAAAUCCCCCAGUCUAACGGUUAAAGCUUUCCUGAAUUUUCCUACUCUGAAUGAGUUACUGUGGGAGAUGCGAAGAAUAUCUGAGAUGAUUCCUGCUCUCAACUCACUUAUGAUCUGAUUGAUAACUUGACAUUAGGGGAGAAAUACAGUCAUAUGUGCCUAAUACCCAGUGGACAGUCCAGACUGUUAAAUGUGCAGGAAUUCAGAAGGAGACUACUAUAGCAUUGGAUUGGAAUAUAAUACCUUAUUAUGAUAUAUCCCAAGUAUUUACAGGAGGGCUGCCCUUCCACAAUAGGCAUUUGGUAACCGCUCACACAGUGAAGGGACAUGUAAAUUCCUAUUUGAGACCAGUCUGUCUUAAAUGCAGCAUCUCUGGUCUCCUCGGUGUCCCUCCCAUCGUCUCCACCGGAGAUGCUGCUGUUUGCCCUGGAGCACGCGGUCCUCUCUCCCCACUCUUCUCCCUUCUCCCCUCCUCUUUCCUUCAUUGCAGUAGAACUGUUUCCUACAGACAAUCUCCUGUAAUACCUCUCUAUCCGUCUCCUCUCCACUCUCAGUCCCACUUUGGUUCUGCCCUAGAUCGCUGCCUCCCUAAACCUUUCUUCCCCAGCUUUUGGCCUCUCUGUCUACUCUCCAAUCGCUGGCAGAUUAAUGUUCCUAAAACUUAACUUUGAUCAUGUGCUUUCCCUGCUGCAAAGCCUUGUCACCUCUUGAAUAAAGUCUGUAUUCCUAGUGAGGCAUUUCAUACUCUCUGCUGACUUUAGCUUUCCAGUUUUAUCUCCUCUCCCACUUUUUACACACAGGCUUUGUUCCAGUCAGCAGAUAACUGGGUCACUCAUGACUGUGCCCUUUGUUCACAUUGUCCCUGCAACCUGAGGGGCCCAUAUCAUCUCUGUCUAAAUUUUGACCAUUCUCAUAGACCUGGCUCAAACACAAGCUUUAACUAAUCCCUGUUAGCUACCAGGAAUUGAAGUUUCCUCUAAAUUCUCAUCACAGUUUUUUACAUUCAUAGUAUUUAGCCAGUCUGGCUUGCAUUACAGUUCUUUGUGUUCCUAUUGUAUUCUCCCUAUUUUGCUAUAAGUCUUUGAACAUGCAUUUUAUAAACAUAACAUGUAAACAAUACAAUAUAAUAAGUUUAUAUAAUAUAAUAGCAUAAACAGUAUAAUAUAAACAGUAGAAUAUGAUAAUGCAAACAAUAUUUAUUUUGAUACAUAAUGUCUAGCACAUUUCCUAUGUGCUGAUUCAGAUAAAGUGUUGAAGCACAGACUAGGGCCCAAAUGAACAGUAUGCUUGUUUUUAUACUAACAUUGAGUUUUUCAAAGGCAAUUUCUAGUAUCUAGUUUCAGUUUUCACUUUUUUCCAAAGAGAGCGUGGGCAUCAAGAAAGAGAAAUACCACUCUAAAUAAAUCUGCUUGCCACAUUUCAUGGGCCUGUAUUUGUAGGCAAAUUACUUAAUCACCCUGUAGUACCAUUUCCUCAUCUAAAAAAUGGAGAUAAUAGUGUAAAUGCCAUCAAAUUGUCAUAGGAGUUAACUGAGAUCUUAUGGACAGUGUACUUAGAACAGGGUACAUGCUCCUCAAGUGUGAGCUGCUAUAAUUAUUUUACCGCACUUCAAACUUUUGACCCUUGUGUACCUACUACUGUUUUGAAAUACCAAUCUGAUAACUUUAGUGUGGAGGCUAAAACUUUGAACAUUUUCCUAUCAGUGUCAUUCACCAUCUUACUACAGUAUUAGGGAACUUUUGUUCAGUUUGCCAACUGACAAGACAACCAUAGUUCUUUUUUUCUUAUUUUACCAAAUCAGUAUUUGAAUACCAAGAUUUAUCAAAGCCCUGGUUUGUCAUGGUGAUGGAUGGUUAUUAUUCAUUUUAUAAAAUGAUAAUUGCCUACAUGAAACACUUUACUGUUGACUCUAUUAAAACAGAAAUCUCAACUUAAGGCAUUAAAUUAUAAUUAAGUUUGCAUACAUUUGACUUUUGCACAUUUUCAUGAACAUAUUUUACUGAUCAGGAGAUAAGAAAUUGCCUUUCUAGUUGUACUUUAUCCUUAACCUUGUGGCUUCAAACAAGACAUUUCUCUGCAGUUCAGUUUUCAGAUUUGUAAAAGGAAGAGAUUCAAUUGAAGUUUAAGAUAUUGCUCAACUCCUACGCCUGUAAUUCUGGCAUGAAACUCUGGGUCACUGACACCACAGACGGUGAUGGAUUCAGGUUGACAAUAAUAACCACCCACAGCAGCUGCUUUCUACUGGAGGCAAAAACCAAAGUAGGAGUUUCUUGAAGGUGGAGACCACAUAUUAUUCUUUGAAUUCCUUGUAGUUUUUAACCAAUGCCUUUAAUCAAGUUAGUGCUCAGAAAACAUUGAGUUAAUUAAUCAUUAAUGUCUGUAAAAGUCAAUAUCAUAUACUUAGAGGCCAGGUUGUGCCUGGGUCUUCAUUUCCAGCUCUGUCACCAACUGGGUGACAUUGGUCAAGUUAGUCUCUCUGUGCCUAAAUUGAUGUGGAAAGUGGGGAUAAUGAUAAUACAUACCUAAUGGUAUUUUUGUGAGGAGUAAAUGAGUUAACAUUAGUAAGAUCCUCAGAAUAACACCUAACAUACAGUAAACUCUGUAAUUAUUAUGGUUACUCUAUGCAUGUUUGAUCUUGCACUUAAAAGCAGACAAAUGUGUAUGAAUGGAACUUGGAAUGUAUUUCAUUCAUCUUACAGAUAUAUCAUAUUGAAAUUUUACCUGAGAAAGUUUGUCUAAUUUAGAUGGGGAUGAAGUUAUUGAAGCUCCUUAUUUGUUCUUUAAGAAUGAGAGACAUAAAGCAGGCUACCUAAUUGCUUGAGUUCAGACCAACAACUUGUCUAGCAAUAAUCAGUAUCAAGGCUACAGAGAACAAAGAGCUUUAUUUGAGGUUUUCAUAACUGCAGUUCAAGAGACACAGGUUUGGGUAAACCUGAAAGAGUAUAUCACAGGGGGAAAAGAGUCAGGAGCUUGUACAGGUGCCAGUUACAAGGAUGCUCACAAAUUUUGACUGACCUUGAUUAAAGAAAGGAAAUAAUUGUCCUUAGGGGACAGGCUGUCGUUUGUCAUUUUAUGUUAAGGGCUUGAUAAUAUCUUGAGUUUCUGGAGCACUGGGUAGAUGUUCUGGGUGCUUGUGUUAAGAUAUUAAGGUGUGUUUGGGCUGAGACAUAAGUCACACUUCCUCGAUGGCAUCCUAACUACCAGCUCCAUCUUGAUCUUCUUUUCACACAUUUCACACAGCCAUGAUUGGUUAGACAAAAGAUCCAGGGGUAAAGGGGUAAGUCGUGUUUAAGAAAAGUUUCAAUCCAAUCUUUAAUAGAGAUGAUUCUAUGAUAUAUAUAUAUAUUUUUUCGCAACUAAAAACUUUAUCAGAAAUUUCAGCCUAUGUUAUGUCAAAACAUAAAACCUUGUUAGGUAUCCUGAAGAUUCCACUCAUGAAGACCCCCAUUGUGUGUUUAUAAAUUCUUGUCAUUUUUAAUCAAAGUCCACUAAACAAUUAAUUAUUAAGAAAAUCUUGGUAUGUAGAAUCAGAUUCUGUGUGUGUGUGUGUGUGAGAGAGAGAGAGAGAGGAAAGUCCAUUUUAAAAGAAAUCCACUCCGGAGACUAAAUAGAGUUAGCAAGAUAGCCAGGACUGGGGAGGAAUCACGAUGAAGGUCACUCUCGACUACGCAAAUAGAGUGCAGCUGGACGCCCAUCACUCAGGCAGGUGACGACUGAGCGCUCCGCUUGACAGAGGCCAUCCUUCCCAGCACCUCUCCACGAACACUCAGGUCUCGGCAGGUGUCAGCGGCACUGGAUCUCACCUCUCCUCCAGGUUCUCAUGGAUGGAAAUCAGCUAGUAGAAAAAGGUAUCAAUAGCCCCUAGGAGGGAUCUCCUUAUUAGGGAAACCUGGAGUGGUGACCUGGACACCAUGCCAGGGAGCAGAUUCUGUCCUGAGGCAGUGGAAGCUGAGCCCUCCAUAACCCCCAAGCACUCUGGCACAGCAGUACACAAUCGAGGGUUCGGAACAAAGCCUGCAGGCGUGACUGUAACUUUAAAAAUUUCCCCUUUGGGAAGCCAAGAACAAUACACCAGGCACCAGGUCUCCGCAGCUAUCUGAACUGCUCAGCGCUGGACAAAAGCCUUAUGGAUAGCGGGGAGCCAGUGUGCAAUGCCGCCAAAACCAGAUCUGAGCACCAGACCUCCCUGUGCCCUAGAGGACUCUUCAUUUCACUUUCGGUCAGGCAUCUGAAAGCAGAACAGCUUCCUUGGACUGAGAAAUUUCCAAGUUACUUGACAAUUGUAAAGUAGCAGCUGAGGCCCCUAGAAAAAGGCUGUACCUUCUACUCAUUUGAGGUAGGGAGCUUGAAAUAGUUUUAAUUUGAAGGAGUGAGAUAGUCCAUCCAUCUUAUUUCACUUCCAGUACUCUGAUUUUAGCGGCUUUGCCAAAGCAGUGGGACCGUAUUUAUUUAAAUGAGGUUUAAAGAGGACUCAUGACAUUUCUGCAAAUGCCUGGAAAAUUUUAUUUGGUUAAAACCCAACACUUGUCAUCACAUAGUUGGCAAGAUUAUUCUUUUAAGAUAACUGACAAUGAAGAGCCAAAAAUCUAAUUUCUGAAGUUAUUUUUUUCAUCAAGAAAACAAAAGCAAAUUUUAUUAGACAAAUCAAGGUUGUCAAAUCAGAUACAGCAUCAUUCUUUCGAAGGAGACAAAGUUCUGGCUCUUUGUGAGGUUUGAGGAUUGGUCCCACGCUUCAUGUCAUUCACCUUUGAGAAUUCUCAUUUGCAAUACAUUGGUCACAGUAUCCCAUCUUCUGCUCAAGCUAAGAGAAGAAAUCACUGCAAAUACAAAAAGCCAAAUAACCUGCUUCCUUG